AUGAACUAUGAUUAUAUAGGGGCUAUUAAAAUAAAGGAUGGGCUAUUUUUAGGAGAUUAAUUUGCGGCAUAGGUAUCCUAUUAUGGUUAGAUCAGGAUCUUGAAUUUAUUGUUACGAACAAAGUUUCAAGGAUUAUUAACUGUGCAUCCAAACAAAUACCAAACCACUGGGAAUCUAUUGGCAUCGUUUAUAUGUCAUUCCCAUGGAUGGAUAAUGAUUAAUAAGUAUGAAACCAUUAAUAAAUCCUUAGGUUAUUUUUCAAUAAGAUGAGAUAAUAAAUAAUGUAAUGAAAUUUGUAGAUGAUGCAUUAAAUAAUGGAGAAAGCGUUAUUGUUCUAUCAGUGAAAGGACACAAUCGAUCAGUGGCAACCUUAUGCGUUUACUUUAUGAAGAAAUAUAGAUGGACUCUUUAUAAAACUCUUCAAUAUAUGCAUAAUAGAAGACCAGAUUUAGAAAUCAGAGCUCACUUCUUUAAUUAGUUAUUAUCAGUUGAAACAAGAUUGUAGAAACAAGGUUACGGUGCUAAGACCUAUAACUGGGAUGAGAUUCACACUCAGGGUGAGAAUGACGAAAUUGUACUGAGAAAUACUUACUUGAAUUCUCAAGCACAAGGAGUAGCUGAAUUCAAGGAUCAUGAUCCAAAACCAAAAGAAUCUAAGUUUAUUCCUUACACUAUUAUAUUAGAUUGAGAUUUGCUGAAAAGGUUUCUAUGUACAUCCCACCAUAUGACAAAGUAGUAUUCUCCAAAACUAAAUCUCUGGCCUAAGAUGCAAAACCAAUCAUAAAGUAAUCAGGUUCAUCAAAACAAAUUGAUCCAUCAUUCUAGCAAUAAACUUAAAAAUAAUAAUCUAUCACCAUCUAUGAUUAAUCCAAUUAACAACCUCAAAAAGAAUCCCAAAAACAAAGUCUUAAUCAAAUAUAUCCUGCUCAACCCCAAAGACCUUCAUCUCAAGGCACUUAACAAUAAAGAUUAACCAAAAGUGACAGUGUUAAAUCUGGAUCAAUGUUUGAUAAUAAUGUUGUUUGUAUAUCUUUAAUGGUAUUCUAUAGAACCACAAAGAGUUCAAAUGAAUAAUUUCAUGGACUCAAGAGAAUAAUUCCUCUAGAAGUCUCAACAACAAAAUGGAACUCGUAGACCCUAGACUGCUCCUAAUUAACUGAAGGCCCCUAGAGUUCAAACCACUCCCUAUAAGAGAAAUACUAGUUCAGGUCAAAGGUAGGAAGCUGGGUCAUAACCAAAUUCAUAAUUUAAACCCAUGAGAUAAAGAGCAUAAUCUCCAAAUUCUGCAUAUAACUCAUCAAAUCCCUAUAUACAAAGAUAAUUUAAAGCCAAAGCAUGGAAAAAAUGA